AUGACUGGUGUCAACGCGAACGCACUUCUCGAGUCCGACGUCUCUUUUGUGGAUCGCGUGGCGGAUGGCGACGUCUACGACGCGGACACAAAGAGGCUUCUGCGGGAGUCUCUUGCAGACGGUCAUUCGACACAGUCUCUAGAACCUGGGGAGAGAGUUGGCCCAACUGUCUUUGAAGGAGUGACGCCGGCACUAGAAAAGAUUGCACAAGGUUCCUUUCUAGCCGGAGCGGUACACCAUCUGAUGGACGCGAAGGUCAGAGUUGCCGAACAGGCCAAGAAAUUCAUCGAGAAGGACUACAUCAUCAUUAAAUUGAUCAAACAGAUUAUCGAGCCGAUCGCAAAGUGGGUUACGAACAACUCCAUCUACAAAACCAUCAUUGACAAACUUUUGGCUGUCAAGAUUGACGGUAGGUCGAUCAAAGACCGCUACACGGAUGCUAUGAUGAGAAACAAAAAGAUUCAGGACGUGGGCAAAGAGUUAAAGGUAGCCAAGAAAAGCGGAGAUCGCCGUGAUGGUGAUGUCAAGCCACCAGCGAAUGGCGAGGGUCGCCCUGUAGUUGAAGCCAAGCCAACUGCGAGCGUCGAGGGUCGCCCUGUUGUUGAAGCGAAGCCAAAUGCGAGCGUCGAGGGUCGCGUCACAGUUGAAGACAAGCCAGCAGCGAAUGUCGAGGGUCGCCCUGUUGUUGAAGCCCAGCCAACUUCGAGUAUUGAGGGUCGCCCUGUUAUUGAAGCGAAGCCAACUUCGAGCGUCGAGGGUCGCGUCACAGUUGCAGACAAGCCAGCAGCGAAUGGCGAGGGUCACCCUGUAGUUGAAGCCAAGCCAAGUGCGGAUGUCAUGGGUCGCCCUGUUGUUGAAGCGAAGCCAACUGCGAGCGUCGAGGGUCGCGUCACAGUUGAAGUCAAGCCAGCAACGAAUGGCGAGGGUCGCCCUGUUGUUGAAGCAAAGCCAACUGCGAGUAUCGAGGGUCGUGUUACAACUGAAGCCCAGCCAACUGCGAGUGUCGGGGGUCGCCUCACAGUUGAAGCAAAGCCAGCAGUGAAUGUCGAGGGUCGCCCUGUUGUUGAAGCCAAGCCAAGAGCCGAUAAUGGCGUAGUCCACUUCGAUGGUGUUGUCAAGACAGCAGCGAAUGGGAAUGGUCGCGUCGAUUCUGAUAAUAAACCGGAGGCAAACCGCGAUGAUCUCUUAGAUGAUUAUUUUUACGAGAAGCCAGAGGAGUAUCCCAAUGAUCGUUAUUAUUGGAGACAUUGA